AUGAAUUGGUUUAAAGAUUUGUACAGAUUUAGCCUAAUUGAUUACUAUAUAUUACCUUCUCAAGAAGACAAUUGUAGACUUUUUAAAAAUUUAUAUUAUAUACUUAAAAAACUCAAUGUAAAAUUAUUAAAAACUGAAAAAUCAGUAAAAGAGCUAUAUUAA